UGCAAGAGACCCAGAAGCAAACACAGAACGGAUUCUUUACAAGCAGGAAUCAUAGAGACACACAAUGAGUAAAUCAAAGCCAACACUGAAAUCUCACUUGGAAGAGCUGAAGUGCCACUUUACAUGGGGGCUACAGGAGAAGGAUGCUGAUAUUGAAGAACUAGAAGAAAGGCUUAAAAUUCAACUGGAAUAUUUAAACAAGAAUCUUAAAGUGAGGGUGUAUAGCAUGCUGGCCUAUGUAAACCACUUGAAGAAUGAUUAUACAGAGGCUAUUGUGAAUCUCCAAAAAGCUGAGGCUAUUCUUACGGAAUCUAAAGUAUUGGAGACCGACAUUAAAUAUCUGCUGACCUUCUCCAACUAUGCAUGGCUCCAUUACUAUCUUAAUGAUAGUGAAAGCUCCCAGCUCUAUAUUGACAAGAUUAAUGCUAUUUAUACACAAUCAAAAGGGCUUGAAGAUCUUGUGCAAUCUGAGACCAAUGGAGAACAAGGGUGGGCUCUGAUGAAAUUUUGUGGCCAAUACUAUGAGAGAGCAAAAGGCUGUUUUGAAGAGGCCGUGAAAGGGAAUCCGGAUGAUCCUGAAUGGAAUACUGGACUGGCCACUGUAGUUUGUCGGCUGGAGGAAUUCCGAGGCAGAAACUGUCCUGCUUUCAAAAGUGUCUCAUUCCAGCUAUUGGAACGGGCAGUUAAGCUGAAUCCAAAGGACUCUGUGAUUAAGGUACUUUUGGCUUUGAAACUACAGGAGUUAAAGAGACAAGAAGAGGCAAUGAAGCAUAUUAAGGAUGCCCUAGAAUUAACACCAGAUCUUCCAUAUGUGCUUCGCUAUGUUGCCAAAUUUUACAGGCGAGCUGGGAAGUUUGAGGAAACCAUCAGAGUCCUGAAGAAGGCUGUAAGUAUAACUCCUAACUCUGGCUUUCUCCAUCAUCAGCUGGGGCUUUGCUACAGGCAAAUGAUCAUACAAAGGAAGAGAACAGGAAAAGCGAAUUACAGAGGGCAAGACACACAAGAAAUAAAGGAUCUAACUGAAAAGGCCAUAUUUCACUUUGAAAUGGCGUUGGAAAUGAAAAAAACAUUUCUGCAUGCACAUUUUGAUUUAGCGGAUAUGUACGUCAGAUCCAAUCAAUAUCAGAAAGCAGAGGAAACCUAUAAAAAGGCCACAGAGCUAAUAACCACUCCUGAACACGAGAAACAACAAGCCCACUUACAGUAUGGAAAAUUUCUGGAAAACAGCAAAAAAUCUGAAGAUGAAGCUGUAGAACAGUACAAGGAAGGGCUGCGGAUUCCUGACCAGAAUACACACAGGCAGGAGUGUGAGAUGUGUCUGAGAAGGAUAGCCAAUCAGAGGUUAGCGAGAAACUCCAGGGACACUUCAGCGCUUGCUUUGCUUGGGUUCAUCAGUAAGGAAAACCAGGACAAAUCAAACGCUUUGAACAACGAUUCAUCCAAUGAUGAAUAUCUGAGUAAACUCUUUGAUCUGAAGCUGAAGUGAAGAAAAUCAGUUGAGGCCACCGGCAUUGUUACAUAUAUAACCAUGAACUUGUGUAAUUUUGGUCUGUUCUUUACAUGUUAGCAGUUAGGUCUAGAUUCUGCAGUUUUUACACAUAAUGAUGUGCAGAGCUGGGCCAAGUAGUAUUUGCAGCCAUGACGAUAGUACUUGUCCUGGCGAUGUGCCCAACUACCCCACACAGUCUCACUCCCCAUACUACACUCAUACUACACUGGGAAAUCUUAACAGUAAUAUUUGCACAUCAGGAGUAUGUGAGGUUUAUCAUAUUCAUAUACUCUGAGGCUCAGCAUAUUAUACUCUAUUUUAAAAUGUAUCUCCAUUUUGUAACUGCAGAUUGCAAGGAUUGACAUCCCAUAAUAAGUUGUUCUUUCCCAAAUAGUAACCUUGUACGGCUUGCACAUUAUGAAAUACAUAUUAUGUACAUUUCUGUCCAGUACAGGCCAUCCUUGAAACCAUGGUGGUCUCUUUCUAUUUGUUAUAAUACACUCCUUUGUAUUUGCAUGUACACAGAAGGUUAUAAAAGCUAUGAGCAUGUAUCAAUAAAUUGAACAAGUUUGAACUGCUUCUGUGGUUGAAUCCAUCUUGUUCCAGUAUAUGUCUUUGUCCUGGCAGGAGAGCCCCCACAGGUCCCUACACUAUAAGUAAGCGGUCAGGAACCCUAACAGAGUAUACUACAAAAUGCCAUGAAGUACAAAAAAGGCCCUCAUUGUUACAAUUAUUUUUAUUGGGUCACUGUACUGUGGAAUAUCUCACUAUUUCCCAAUAAGCAAUAUAUAUAUAUAAAUCUGUACAGAGCUGUAAAGUCACAUCUUUAAGGGUUUGGAUUUGGUUCUGCUAAACAGUUAAUGGUUUGCUCAAAUCUCAGUUCUUCAAAAAAUGAUUUAACUGAAUUCUGAACCAAAUUCUGGAAUCAACAAAUCCGCAUUUGAGUUAAAUAUAUAAUAUGUCUAUUAAUAUCUUAAAGGCAGUUAUUGUUAAACAACAUAAUUGUUAGAACUCAGUGCUGAACGCUAACACCCUGCUGUUAGUAACUGUUGCUACUACUAGGAAAAAAAUGAAUGUACCAUGGAAUGCUGUUUGAUAGAAGAAAAACUGUUAAACACAUAGUCAUUUUUCAAACAGUGGGUAAGAUGCAGAUGUGGGUAAGAACAUGCAGUGGAGGUUGCAAUUAUAAUCAAGUGUUGCCCCUAGUCCCCACUAAAUACCUCAUUGCGCUUCCCCAGCAGUUCUAUACAUAUUACAGUGCACUCUUCUACAUAUAUCUAAAUAUUACUCCCCAACACUUUUAUAUAUAUCUCAGUGUCCUCCACCAACAUUUCUAAAUAUUUCUUAAUGUCCUUUUCCAACACUUCUAUAUAUACAGUGGAGGAAAUAAUUAUUUGACCCCUCACUGAUUUUGUAAGUUUGUCCAAUGACAAAGAAAUGAAAAGUCUCAGAACAGUAUCAUUUCAAUGGUAGGUUUAUUUUAACAGUGGCAGAUAGCACAUCAAAAGGAAAAUCGAAAAAAUAACUUUAAAUAAAAGAUAGCAACUGAUUUGCAUUUCAUUGAGUGAAAUAAGUUUUUGAACCCUCUAACAAAAAAAGACUUAAUACUUAGUGGAAAAACCCUUGUUUCCAAGCACAGAGGUCAAACGUUUCUUGUAAUUGAUGACCAAGUUUGCGCACAUUUUAGGAGGAAUGUUGGUCCACUCCUCUUUGCAGAUCAUCUCUAAAUCCCUAAGGUUUCGAGGCUGUCUCUGUGCAACUCUGAGCUUGAGCUCCCUCCAUAGGUUUUCUAUUGGAUUAAGGUCCGGAGACUGACUAGGCCACUCCAUGACCUUAAUGUGCUUCUUCUUGAGCCACUCCUUUGUUGCCUUUGCUGUAUGUUUUGGGUCAUUGUCGUGCUGGAACACCCAUCCACGACCCAUUUUCAGUUUCCUGGCAGAGGGAAGGAGGUUGUCAUUCAGGAUUUCACGAUACAUGGCUCCGUCCAUUUUCCCGUUAAUGCGAAUAAGUUGUCCUGUGCCCUUAGCAGUAAAACACCCCCAAAGCAAAAUGUUUCCACCCCCAUGCUUGACGGUGGGGACGGUGUUUUGGGGGUCAUAGGCAGCAUUUUUCUUCCUCCAAACACAGCGAGUUGAGUUAAUGCCAAAGAGCUCUAUUUUGGUCUCAUCAGACCACAGCACCUUCUCCCAGUCACUCACAGAGUCAUUCAGGUGUUCAUUGGCAAACUUCAGACGGGCCUGCACAUGUGCCUUCUUGAGCAGGGGGACCUUGCGAGCCCUGCAGGAUUUUAAUCCAUUGUGGUGUAAUGUGUUUCCAAUGGUUUUCUUGGUGACUGUGGUCCCUGCUAAUUUGAGGUCAUUAACUAACUCCUCCCGUGUAGUUCUAGGAUGCUUUUUCACCUUUCUCAGAAUCAUUGACACCCCACGAGGUGAGAUCUUGCGUGGAGCCCCAGAGCGAGGUCGAUUGAUGGUCAUUUUGUGCUCCUUCCAUUUUCGAACAAUCGCACCAACAGUUGUCACCUUCUCUCCCAGCUUCUUGCUAAUGGUUUUGUAGCCCAUUCCAGCCUUGUGCAGGUCUACAAUUUUGUCUCUGACAUCCUUGGACAGCUCUUUGGUCUUUCCCAUGUUGGAGAGUUUGGAGUCUGCUUGAUUGAUUGAUUCUGUGGACAGGUGUCUUUUAUACAGGUGACUAGUUAAGACAGGUGUCCUUAAUGAGGUUGACUAAUUGAGUAGAAGUGUCUAACCACUCUGUGGGAGCCAGAACUCUUAAUGGUUGGUAGGGGUUCAAAAACUUAUUUCACUCAAUGAAAUGCAAAUCAGUUGCUAUCUUUUAUUUAAAGUUAUUUUUUCGAUUUUCCUUUUGAUGUGCUAUCUGCCACUGUUAAAAUAAACCUACCAUUGAAAUGA